AUGGCAGCCCCCCGCCUGGCCCUCCGCGUGGCCACCUUGCUGACCGGGCUGCUGGAAUGCCUGGGCUUUGCGGGCGUCCUCUUCGGCUGGGCCUCGCUGGUGUUUGUCUUCAAAACGGAGCAUUAUUUUGAGGACCUGUGUGAACCAAACACCCAGCUGACAGUAAACAGCACGGAGCAGGCAGACUGCAAAGCCCAGGACGAGAGGUUCUCACUCAUCUUCACGCUGGCGUCCUUCAUGAACAACUUCAUGACUUUUCCUACCGGCUACAUCUUUGACCGCUUCAAGACCACUGUGGCCCGUCUCAUCGCCAUAGGUCUCUACACCAGUGCCACACUCAUCAUCGCCUUCAUUUCCGCAGGCACAGCCCCGCUGCUCUUCCUGGCCAUGCCCAUGCUGACUGUGGGUGGAAUCCUGUUUCUGAUCACCAACCUACAGGUUGGGAAUCUCUUUGGCAAACACCGCUCCACCAUCAUCACCCUCUACAAUGGGGCGUUUGACUCCUCCUCGGCUGUCUUCUUGAUCAUUAAGCUCCUGUAUGAGCAGGGCAUCAGCCUCAGGGCCUCUUUCCUCUUCCUGUCCAUCUGCAGUGCCUGGCACAUCGGGCGCACCUUCCUCCUGAUGCCUCGGGGGCACAUCCCCUACCCUCUGCCCAGCAACUACCACUAUGGCUUGUGCUCUGGGAAAGAGUCCGUCACGGAGAAGAAAGUGGCUGAGUCCAGGGAGAUGGAACAUCAAUCCAAGGAUCUCGUGUCCUCGAAGGAAGAGAACCCCAGGCCUGAGCAGACGCAGGAGCUCCGUUCCUUCUGGCGCUAUGCGCUGACCCGGCGCUUCGUCUGGCACCUGGUGUGGUUAUCGGUGAUCCAGUUGUGGCAUUACCUCUUCAUCGGCACGCUCAACCCUCUGCUGACCAACCUGGCCGCUGGGGACAAGGCGCUUGUCAGCACGUACACAAACGCAUUUGCCAUCACUCAGUUCUUUGGCGUACUGUGUGCCCCCUGGAACGGGCUGCUCAUGGACCGCCUUAAGCAGAAGUACCAGAAGGAAGAGAGACAGACAGAUUCCUCGGACUCGAUAGUGGCUGUCUGCUCCACGGUGCCCUCACUGGCCCUGACGUCCUUGCUGUGCCUUGGCUUUGCCCUCUGUGCCUCGGUCCCCGUCCUGCCGCUCCAGUACCUCACCUUCAUCUUGCAGGUGGUCAGCCGCUCCUUCCUCUACGGGGGCAACGCGGCCUUCCUCACCCUCGCGUUCCCACCCCAGCACUUUGGAAAGCUCUUUGGGCUGGUAAUGGCCUUGUCGGCCAUCGUGUCUCUGCUCCAGUUCCCCAUCUUCACCCUCAUCAAAGGACCCCUCCAGAACAACCCGUUAUAUGUGAACUUGACCCUGGUGCUAAUCACCCUGCUGACCUUCGUCCACCCCUUCCUGGUGUACCGGGAGUGUCGGCGUCAGAAGGGAAGCCCCUGA